GUUUGGGACGAUGUGGGUGGACCAGGAAGACAUCCGACCUCUGCACGCUGUGCGCGAAUUUCGACGUUGCAUGUGGCAGUUGCGACACGUGGCAUGUUUCUCGUUGCGACACGUGGCAUGCUUGUCUUUGCGAAACGUGGCAUCGGAAGCGAGAGAGUGUACUCAGUAUGGGGUGACCAGGUCGACAAGCGAGGCGUGGGUGCUGACGAGGACAGAUCGCCGUCGCAUGACGCUGGGAAGUCCGGACGGCUCCUGGUAUCGGGAUCGAGAUCGCAAUCUCCUCCGUCUGGCGGUCGUCGCUGCAAUGAUCUUGAUUCCGUUGGCUGAAGUGAAUGGCUCCAGACCAGGUCCCAGCGAAGGUGAAAGUUCCAGUGAAAGUUCAAUGAGUGCAUCAGCCGCAGUUUCCGGCAAGGUGAAGGAUUCACAAACGACAGGAGGAGGAAGGGAAGCAGGAGCUGUUCGUGGAAGAUGCGUGCCAGACGACCUGAAGGAAGCCAGAGAUGGUGAUAACCAAGGGACACUAUCUGUUCACUUCUAUGAAGCAGAGGGGUUGCUGACAUCGAGGGAAGAAGUUGGGGUCAAGGAUGAGGGACGCUGCGAUGGGACACUCACGAUCUGGGGGAGUGUUGAUGGUCAGUUAAAGUUUCUAUCGAGCUCUGGCAUCAUGUGUGGGAGUGCAAGUCUUUGCUGGAAGCAGGCUUCCGCUUCUGCAAUUGAAAUAUUGCUCGCUCGCCUGCCAGGGUACUUGGCGGUGUCAGUCAAUGUCAGCUGCGCAGGGGUCGUCAACGAGCAUGUGGGGACUGCAUACAUCCGCGCGUCCUCCGUUAUGCAGCGGGGGGGAGCUGAUUCGUGGUACACCUUGUGCAGCGACGGUCAAGCGAGUGAAUGGAAGGAUGCAAGAGUCCUGCUGCACCUUGGCUUUGUAGAGCUCCAUGCUGAUGCGUCGGCCGUCAGAUCAGCUCGCGGGCUCCAGGAGAUGAACAAGUGGGACCCUCCAAUAAGUAUGUCGCCGUUCCCUAGCCGCGAGGGCAACCAGGUCACACUCUUUCAAGAUGCGAUUGUGCCGAGCAAUUUCAGCCCUAAAAUAGUUCUCGAAAAUGGGACGAUGUAUCAGCAGCACAGCCUGUUCGAGCAGAUUUGCGUUUCGGUUCUCAAUGCGAAGCACUUCAUUUACAUCGUUGGCUGGGAUUUCCUCAGCAGCCUUGUCCUUGUGAGGGGUGACAGAGGUGAUCCUCGCUGUCGUGGUGUGUCAAUCGGACAGCUGCUGACGCAAAGGGCGCAAGCAGGUGUGAAAGUGUUGCUCAUGCUUUGGGACAAUGAGUUCAACUUUAAAAACAAGUUGUUUGACCGGAUUGGCUCUGAGAUCGCUCCGGAUACGCAUUCGAAACCUUCGUGUGCUUGGCUCUGCCAGCGGAACGUGACGUGCAUCACAGCCAAGCGGCGGGACACGGAUGUUAUGCACAUUCCGGAUGCGUUUACUCAUCAUCAGAAGGUGAUUGUGCUUGACGCUCCGGGCAGAACAGAAGCCAGGGUCGUCGUAGGGUAUAUCGGCGGAUACGACCUGACAAUCGGGCGAUACGACACACCCUACCACCCUCUGUUUUUUAUGCCGAAGGACGAUGUUUACCAGCCGAGCUGGAAUGGAAAUAGUGAGCCGCGACUCCCGUGGCACGACGUUCAUUCGAAAGUGGUGGGUCCGUCGGUGUGGGACAUGGUCGCGAACUUCGAACAGCGAUGGAAGGCAAUCGAUCCCGGGCAUGAUUGCCUGCUACCGACCGCGGGAAAGGGUCCACAGGCGGUUCUUUUCGAUUUCCAAAAGCAUUCCCAACUGUUUGAGUCUAAGCAGGAAGUCGCCUUGCCGAAAGAUGACCCAGAAGCUUGGAACGUGCACGUCAUUCGGACUAUCGACAGUGCAUCGGUCGCCGGAUUCCCUAGUCGUUUGCAGAGGGAGGAUCCAAUACCGGUGGUAAAGGAAGGCCUCUACAUCGGCCCGAACUCCAGCUACGAAAAGAGCAUCUACGACAUAUACAUGGGUGCCAUCCAACGAGCGGAGGAUUUUCUGUACAUCGAAAAUCAGUAUUUCAUAGGUGGCUCACAGUACUGGUUGGAGAAUCGCGAUGUCGGCGCCGUCGAGAAGAUUCCAUCCCAGAUAGCCCAUAAAAUUGUGACAAAGAUAGAGCGCAGAGAGAACUUCGUGGUGUACGUUCUCAUACCGAUGUGGCCAGCGGGCGUUCCAAGCGGGAGGGCGGUACAGGAGAUACUUCGGUGGCAAUACGACACGAUGUCGAUGAUGUACAGUGCGGUCGCUAGUGCUAUACAUUCACAAGGGCUGGCUGGCGCAAAGCCCACCGACUACCUGAGUUUCUUCGCCUUAGUCAAUCGCCAGAAGCUUCCAGAAGGUUUCAAGCUGUCGGAGCCGUCAAGCGACCUCAACAAAAAGGCGCAGGAGAACCGUCGAUUUCCAAUCUACAUUCAUUCCAAACUGAUGAUUCUAGAUGACGAGUACAUCAUCAUCGGAUCAGCCAACAUUAAUCAACGAUCCAUGGAUGGUCUUCGCGACACCGAGGCAGAUAUCGGAGCCUACCAGCCGUACUACGCAUACCCAAGUCGGAGAGGCCAAAUUCACGGCUUUCGGAUGUCGCUGUGGGCGGAGCAUAUGGGUGGUGUCGAGGAGGUUUUCCGGCACCCGUCAACACCUGAGUGCCUCAAGAGAGUUCAGGAGAUUGCGCGGGCAAAUUGGCAACAAUACACGGCCGAUCAAGUGACAAAUAUGCAAAGUCACAUCGUCCCAUAUCCGAUUUCAGUGACGGAAGACGGAAAGGUCACUCAUUUGGACGGUUUCGCGAACUUUCCAGAUACAGAUGCAGAUGUGCUCGGCCAUAAAUCCUUUGUUCUCCCAGACGUUCUAACAACAUAGCCAUAGCCACACGCCAACCGUGCCUCUGUGGCAUUCUGAGGACAAGGUUUUUUUUUUUUUUUUUUUUYUUCCCUGAGGACAGUUGUCCUUUGAAAUUCUUCUUUCUUCUAUUUCCUUCUGCUUUUUUUUUAUUUUUUUCUGUUCUUGAAUUUGUACAGUAACACAAUAAUAAUCAAUUCGCCAGGUCCAACUGUUCUUGAAUUUGUAUAGUAAUACAAUAAUACCCUUUUAAAAAGACCAAUUCACACAUGCAUGCGGAAAAGGGCAUCCAAUUCACACAUGCAUGUGGAAAAGGGCAUGGCAUUGAUUCCUGGGAAAAACAAUGGGGCGGGAGAUUGAGUAAAAGUUGCAAAAAAGA